GGAUCACAACCGGCUGGACAGAUGAAGUCUAUGGCCCCUCAGUGUUGGGGCUGACACCAUGACGCCGGCUGGGCUCCUGGUCUUCAGCUCGUUGCUUACGAGGACGCUCUGUGUCAUCGCGCCGCAGAUACCAGACUUCAGCACGGGCGAAAAGAAGAUAGUCAACGGGCCGUUCUGGCAUGAGGUCAUCACGGAGCUGUACGAGGACCACGAGGACGACGUGUCAACUACUACCACGGAGCCUCUCCCCAUCUUCGAGGACGCCGCGUCCACUAACAACGUGACGGCGCAGCUCGGGAGUCGAGUGCACUUGCACUGCAGAGUGCAUGACUUGGGGGAGAAAACUAUAUCAUGGGUGAAACGUCGCGACGAUGAGCUCCACCUGCUUUCCUUCGGCCGCCACACGUACUCUGCGGACUCGCGGUAUUCGCUUGCCUUCGAGCACCCGAACGACUGGCGCUUGCUCAUCCAGUACGUGAGCGAGCGGGAUGAGGGAUUCUACGAGUGCCAGAUCUCGACGCAUCCGCCGUUGGUGCGAAGAGUGCACUUGUCUGUCGUCGUACCGAAAGUGGAGAUAAUCGACGAGCGAGGUCGUCCGCUUCAGGACAAGUUCUACAAAGAGGGUUCCAUCAUAGAGCUCCGGUGUAUCGUGAGCGAGGUCCCGCAGCCCACCAGGCAGGUCAACUGGAAGCAUGGCGCCAGGCUGCUUAACUAUGACACAAAGAGAGGAGGCAUCAGCGUGAAAACCGAAGCGACCGCCAACGGCGCGCUGUCGCGGCUGUACAUCGCCAACGCCAACCGGCACGACUCCGGUAACUACAGCUGCUCGCUCGCCGACGUCGCCGCUUCUGCGGUCUCCGUGCAUGUACUCAGAGGCGAGAAUCCUCUCGCGAUGCAGCGCGGCGGCUCUGUGGCAUUCUCGCAUCCAACGCUGACUCUGCUUGCGGCGCUCGCCAGCUGACACAUGGCCGGCGCGUGGUGGACGCGCGCCGUGUGAAUUUACACGUCUCUGAUUAUCGCUAGAACUUAUAGUGGUUCAUGUUUGGAAUUAACUUCAUUAAAUUUUUUUGUGAUUACUAUUGUAGAAGAGGUUUGUCAAUGUGGUGUCGUAAAA